GUUUGCGUCUCUACGUCAGGUCUCAAUCGGAGUUGAUUUUUUUAAAGGUUUCUCCCUGUCUGUUUUUUGUGUUUUAAUAAUUGUUUGUGGAUUUAUUUUACAUGUGUACUCAUAGCGAUCGAAAAGCAGAAUAAUAUUCACAACAACACGAAUACCUUAACAGACUGAACACUAUAUAAAAUACAUUGGCUAAAGAAAGAGAUAUCUAUAGCUAAAAUAUUGUAUAAACAAAUCAGCGGGGAAACACAGAAAGCACACACGCAGACUGGAGAAAAAUGACGGAGGAACUUUGAACCGUGAGGAGCGUGAAAAUCUUCCAACACUACAGUAGAAAGGAGGACAUAUCCCACCAGCAACAGUAGCGCUAACGAAAGAAAGUAUUCAAUAUCCCUCUGAAUCCCUCCCAUCCACUGGAGAAGCAACAAGAACCAGAGAGGCCUAAAGCAGCAGGACCCCAUAACUCGCAGUUCUCAGCAACUGGCUGAAUCUCCAAGCCGCGGCGCUGCAGCAGGAGUGGUGUCCUGCCCAGGGAAGAGGACACAGGACGCCCAGCAGAAUUCAGACCCAUCCAGCUCUUCGGAAUGUUCUAGAGCGGACGCCCGACCCCUUUGACUUUUUCCGUCUGGAUUGAGCCAGCCCUUCUUCAUUGCCUCCCCUCCCCCCACCCCCUGCCCCCUGCCCCUGAACCAUGUGAGGGACCCCCGCCUCUCGAGCAGUGGGGUAUCCGAGCGUUGUUCUGGGAACACUGCCACCUGCUGGUGGGUGGGGCGCGACUCGGGAGCGACUCCCGUGUGUAGACCAGGAGUCUACGCCCCCCCCCUUGUGUGCUCCCCUCCCCCCACUCCACCCCCCUGUUGCGUACCCCCACCACACCCCACACCCCCCCGAGGGGGACCAACCAUGAUGUUCCGAGACCAGGUGGGCAUCCUGACGGACUGGUUCAAGGGCUGGAACGAGUGUGAGCAGACGGUGGCGCUGCUGUCCCUGCUGAAGAGGGUGACUCGCACCCAGGCCCGCUUCCUCCACAUCUGCCUGGAGCAUUCGCUGGCCGACUGCACCGAGAUACACAUCCUAGAGGCCGAAGCCAACAACGCAGCCAUCGUCAGCCAGUGGAACCAGGAGCCCAAGGAGAAGGUGGUGUCCCUGCUGCUGUCGCACCUCCCCCUGCUGCAGCCACGCAACAGUGAGGCCAAGUGCCAGUACAUGAAGCUCCUGCAGAAGGUCCUGAGCCACACCAUCGAGAGCAGCCUGUUCGUGGAGGAGAGCCGCCAGCUGCUGUCCUACGCCCUCAUCCACCCGGCCACCACCCUGGAGGACCGCACCUCCCUGGCCAUGUGGCUCAACCACCUGGAAGAGCACCUGUCCAGCGGCUACACAGCCAGCACCCGGCCCCCUGUCGGGCCCUAUCACCCCCGCCAGGGCUCGGACGAGUGGCCCGGGCCCACCGACACCCUUGACGCCCACGCCUGGCCAGACAAGCCCCCCUCUUCCUCCUCGUCUACGGCGGGACAGAAUGGGCACCUGUCCUUCCACGGGCCAGGCGGCAUGCCUUCCCCCAUCAACAGCAUCGCCACUGGAACCAACACAGGGCUGUCCAGCCAGAUCCACCCCAGCCCGCUGAAGAGGGCAAUGUCCCUAAUCCCCUCCAGCCCCCAGGCCUGCGGCACCGAGUGGCCCAGCCAGGAAGACCUCGGGGGACGGCCGGGCUUCCUGCCUCCGGACCACGCCCCGCUGUCCCCCCAAAGCAGCGUGGCGUCCUCGGGCAGCGAGCAGACGGAGGAGCAGGGCGCGUCCCGCAACACCUUCCAUGAAGAAGGAAGCGGCAUGAAAGAUGUCCCCACUUGGCUGAAGAGUCUCCGCCUUCACAAAUACGCUUCGCUGUUCUCUCAGCUGACGUAUGAGGAGAUGAUGAUUCUGACUGAGCAGCACCUGGAGUCACAGAAUGUUACGAAAGGAGCCCGGCACAAGAUCGCCCUGAGCAUCCAGAAGCUGAGGGAGAGACAGAGCGUGCUGAAGUCCUUAGAGAAGGACAUCUUAGAGGGAGGGAACCUGCGCAGUGCUCUGCAGGAGCUCCAGCAAAUCAUCAUCACUCCCAUCAAGGCCUACAGCCCGCCCACCACUGCCCAGAAGGAGACGGAGCCUAAUGCUCCGCCCACCGAUAAGAGCACCAAGCCCGGGGAAGACAAAGACUCAGCAGCCGCCACCGAGAGCUUCCAAACCCACAACCCCCCUCCCUGUGACGUAGAGCCCUCGUCCACGCCCAUCUCGGAUGGAGACAUUGCCGGCCAGUUUACCCGCGUCAUGGGCAAAGUGUGCACUCAGCUGCUGGUGUCCAGACCAGAUGAGGAGAACAUCAACUGCUACCUUCAGCUCAUUGAAAAGUGUCUGGCGCAUGAGGCCUUCACAGAGACGCAGAAGAAGAGGCUGGUGUCCUGGAAGCAGCAGAUGUUGAAGCUUCUCCGCCUGUUCCCUCGGAAGUCAAUGCUGGACGUGCCUGUGUACCGGCAGAAAGGCUGGGCCUAUGGUUCCAACUCCCUCCCUACAGCUGGCUCUGUGGGGGGGGGGCUGGGACGCAGGGGCCAGAGGCAGUUCCAGAUGCCCCCUCGCGGCCUCCCCCCGAGCAGGAUGGGACUGAUGAGCCCGGGGGGCAUUGGGGGUGCCUCUCCCCGCCAUACCCUCACCAGCCCAGCCCUGGGAGCCCAAGGCCGACAGAACCUGUGGUUUGCCAACCCCGGCGGUAGCAACAGCAUGCCCAGCCAGAACCGCAGCUCUGUGCAGAGGACCCACUCGCUGCCCGUCCACACCUCUCCACAGACCAUGCUCCUGUUUCAGCAGCCAGAAUGCCAAGUUCCAGGCACGGACCUCGAGAUCAACCCCACGCUGGAGUCGCUGUGCCUCAGUAUGACAGAGCAUGCCUUAGGGGAUGGAAUGGACAGAACAUCGACAAUAUGAAAAUAAAACAAAUAAUCAAUUAAAAAAAAAGACCUACACUUUAUAACUGAAUCCUGAUCAGCUCUCUGGGGCUGUAGGACAGAAAUCAACAUAAACAUAAUGGUCACUACAAAAAUACAAACUAACUGUGUAUAUGUUCUCUGAUAUUUUUCUACUUUAUUAUACUUAACUAAGGUUUAUUAUAAAUGGAAUACAGAUUACUAUGAUAUUAUGUGAGAGAAAAAAAGAAUUGCAGGAGAGUUUGAAUGCUGAAUUGUUUAGUUUUCCAACCUGCUCAGUGUCUCCCUCUGCAGGCCCCCGAUGACGUAAUGAGAAAGGCCGCGGGUAACGGGGAGGGCUGGUGCCAGUCAUUUACCGCUGGGUCACUGCUGACACUGAGGCUGAGAUCUGUCAGAGAAAGGGAGGAUUGGUGCUGACAUUAGGGCGUUGUUCCCAAAAAUGUUCCUUCCUUUUCAUCCCAGCACGUAGUCAAAGUGCAUGGAGAAGUGAGUAACCUCUCGGUGGGAGUGGGACGCAAUCCCCAUGCACAGAGCGCACCCGUGCAUUCUGGGAAAUUAUCUGAAGAGCCCAGCCAUGCGCUUUUAAGCUUCCCGCAACCUCUAUCCCCCAUGAGAAAGACAGGGAGAGAGAGGUCUGAUUUACUUCUGUCUCCUUGACUAGUGUUUGCGGGUGGUCUUGGUAACCUAUAAAAAAA